CCUCUGCAAGUUGAUGGAUGAGAGGAGAGACACCUGUCCCUCCCCUCUUUCCCUUGUCCGGUCCGGUUCCUCAUGUGCCCCCAUUCCUAACCCAAUCACCCUUCAGUUCAGUCAAGUCUUCAUAGGUGUGAUUUGUGAAAUCCAUCUGAGAAGUCCAUGUCCAUCUGAAAACUCUAUGAGCUGUUCCGGAAGCUGUUUCAGUCAGCUGUUGUCACAAUGUACUAUGUGUGCCCCCACUUCUUUCCAAACUGGAACAGGAGAGCAGCCCAGGAAAAUGGAAUUAAAAUGCAAAGUAGGGCCCCCCCACACGGCCACACCAAUGGGCAUGCAUCGAUCUAGAAUUUUCUUGGAAGGCACUUGGAGGCGGACAGGAGAGGAAAACAAAGCUUGACUGGUUGACUUGAUCAUUUAUAUGCCGUUGAGCCAAAUUUGAGGUCAAAACAGAGGCAUACAUAACUAGGUUUCUCGGGUUCAAGAAGACAAUUUUACACUAAAAAAAGCCGAAAUCUUUGACAACUUUCUCUUGAGAAAACAGGUCCUAUCUGCGACAUGGGAUAUCUAUCUAGUGUCAAGGCAUUGUUUGUUUCUCCAUGUGCGUCGUAGCACAGCUGCAAACAGAACUACCCGUCUGGUUGUUUAGUUAGUUAGCUUCACGCUGGAAUUUAUCCCAGAAGCAUCUAAGUAUGGCGUGACAUUUGCGAGUUUAACUUAAUCAGGACAGCGAGUUUUAAGUAUUAUUCUUUAUUUUGUUGGCAAAAGGAAGCGGUGCAGUUGAAAUCCGCUGGAUAAUGCUUUCGAAGAGGGUUCUCUAUAAUGCGAAGGCUUGGAUGCUGAUAUCUCUGUUGUAGUUUAUGGGUUUGUGAGAUGACUCCUUUCUUCCCUACUAAGUUCAUGGCCUUUCUGAAAGUCUGGAUUCUUAUGGUUGCAAAGUUCUAGUAUGUGGAUUGCCUUCUUUCCACGUCUGAGCAGUUUCCUUCUUCCUUUUUUUUUCGCUAGGCACUGAGCAGUUUCUUAGGGUUUAAGCGAUUGCCUUCUUUCCUGACCUACAAGCCCAGGCAACAACGAAGCCGUUACCCAAACGUCUCCUUCUGUUCAUCCGAGUGCCAAUCUGCUGCCUUCUCAUUGACCACUCGACCCCUUCCCUUCAUACGUGGCUUCUUCUUCUUUUUUGCCUCGAGCUACCACUUGGUGACGAUACCUGUCGCGUCUAAACACGGUCUCGAUCUUCCCGGCCCCACACACAACAAAGCGGGGCGAUGGACCAGCACGACCACGAGAUGGAGCAGAAGGGGUGCCUCUGCCGGAUCAAGAACUGCGCCAUUGAACUCUUGUCGAUGGAGGAGGACCUGGAGACGGACGACGAGGAGUCGUGGGACCUCGUUGGGAGGGACCUCCGGCUCAAGGCCACCUUCCUGUGCAUCGACCUCAGCCGCUUGAUCGCCUUCUGCCAGGGCGAAGAGCACAAGAAGGCGCUCACUGUCGUCGCCAACAAGUUCUUCUACUCCAUGGAUGAGCUUGGCGACGCAGUGGAGAGCAGAAGCCUCCCGCUGACGCAGGUGCGCUACGGCGACACCGCCGACGCGCUCCGCGAGGUGGUCGCCGUCCUCGGGCCGUCCCUGUAGCUGGGCGGCCUGCACGAAGCGGAGGAAUAGAGAAAUCCAGAUGAGAUCACAGAUGCGUCCCCCACCCCAGCACAUCUUAUUAUAGGAUAGGAUUAGGAUAUAGACAGACAAGACAGUACGGUGAGGCGGGAAGGAUGAUGAGCCAGCGCGGCAGAAAUGCUGUGUGCGAUCAUCUUCACCUGUGUGGCUGUGUAUACAUGUCUCAAAUUUCUGUUGCCGUCUUGCUCG